AAAAAAGGGGAAAAAAAACUUGUUUCAAAAUGGCGUCGGAAAGCUGCAAGUCCAUUGGAAAACAAUAGAGAUACAGAAGGGAGGAAGAGUUUGUUUGGCAUUCUGUUUCUUAGUGUAAAAAAUACCUUCGGAUAUCAAACAUUGAGGGCUCGGGAUUCCGGUGGGUUUGGGGUGUCUUUUACCCUUUUCUGAUACUCCUACAUUUGUCAAAAUGAAGAGCACGCUUUGUUAUUAUAUAUACUACAUCCGUAGGUAGCCUGCUAGUGGGCAACUAAACGAAAAUAUAAAGAUCAGCGGAUAAGUUCGGGGGGAAAAGUUGCUUUUGUGGUCAAUUGUUUUUUGGAGGGGGGGAUGUAACUUUUUGUGAAGUUCACUUUUCCUGUGUAAAUGUUUGCCUCUUUUAUCAUUCAGCAUGCGAGCGACGUUGUUUAAAAAAUAAUAUUGACUUAACGUUUCAUGCUGCGUUUUAAGUUAGGAUUUUGUCCAUCCGUCCGGUUUUUUCCACGCCAAGGCGACGUCGGGCGGACUUACGUAGAAAGAAGUAUGUAAAGUUAAAAUAACUGCCAGGAGAAUCUUAACUUCUUCGGUGAAGUUAUUUCGGAGAAGAGGUUGCUCUUCGUAUGUUUCUGUGCAGUUGAACUUCUUUGUCGCGAAUGCUGUUUCACGUCACUUUUUCGGAUUCACUUUUAAAAUAGUUUCAGAUAUGCUGUUGUAACCCUCCUGCCUUUUGUUAGGGGUGAAGUUGUGGAAAUUAACGGUUGGUUUUCAGCUACUACAGUAAACCGCCGAGAUUUAACUUCCAAACUUUAUGAAUAUUAUUUAAAGCCUCACUUUCGUCUUUUUUUAAACGCGGUCGUUAUAAUGUAACCUCAUCAAAUGUAAGCUUCGCGUUUGCGAAAUUGCACUAGACCGGUUGUCUGCCUCCGGAAUAUAACUUUAUUAUGUUAUGUAUUAGUGCCAGAUCAUGUUAAAGAUAGCGCUCUGAAUUGCUUUUUGGCAUGCGUUCUCUAUUGUUAUGAUAGUUUAGGGAGCAAGUCGAGAAACAUGGAAAGACGAAGGCAGCGGUAGUGAUGUUUUUGUGAAGGAAAAAAGGGGUGGUGGAAUAACGCCCACGCAUUUUUAGGCGCACCUUCGGAACUGAUUUUAUUUGUAUCCCCCAAUACCUCUGGGAAAUCCGAGCCCCUUGAAUUGUAAUCGAUCAUUUUACAUGCCCGUUGAUGAUGGCGGAUUUCGUGGUGCCGCGGCACAGCGCCGUGAUGGAGCGGCUCAGGCGGCGCAUCGAGCUCUUCAGGCUGCAUCACAGCAGCUGCGAGAGCCGCUACGACAACACGGCGAUGGAGCGGCUGGAGAUCGAGCGCCAGCACACCUUCACCUUGCACCAGCGCUGCCUGCAGACUAAGGCCAAGCGGGCGAGCAAGCACAGACAGGCGCAGCCGGCGUCUGACCAGGCGGGACUCAGGGGGGCUGGCACCGGGGGUAGCAGCACUGAGAUGACGGACGGCGGCCCCGGAGAGCAGAGCCGGAACAGCACUCUGAUUGCGCUCCAAGAAACGGUUAAGAGAAAGCUGGAGAAUGUGGCCUCCCCACUGAAUGGGGACCAGGCUAAUGGUUUUGGAGAUGGGUACUCUGCAGCCAAGAAGCUGUGUAUUGAGGACGCUCUGGUUGGAGUAAAUGGGACAUCCAAUAAGCAUGUCAGAGGUGGGGACAAGCCUAAUGGGAAUCACUCUAUGAAUCUGGACAAAAAUGGUGGCGGUGGUCCUGAAUCUGGUUUGGGGGGGAACCGAGAGUCUGAAAACUGUCUGCGCAUCAAAGAGUUCAAACAGGAGCCCAUGGAUGAUGACCUGCCUGGCAUGCUGCCUCCUGGUGGCUCCAUGUCCAACAACAACCUGUUUCCUGACCUGAACUUAAAUGAGCAGGAGUGGAAGGAGCUCAUGGAGGAGUUUAAUAGGUCAGUGGCAUACGAGGACAUGCAGGACAUCUUCAAUGAGGGAUUUGAAGACCGCAAAGACUCUGAGCUGCCUCCCUCGAGUGCACAGACAUCUGUACCCCAGGACUCUAUCAAUAUCAAGGUGGAGUACUCCCCAGCGCCUACAACCUUCGAGCAUGAUUCACGGACAGGCUCUCCUCAAGUGAGGUCCACAUCCUCAGGACCACCAGUGCACACAAACUCCCCAGCUAGCACAGCCAGAACUGCCUCCUCACCAGCCAUGCCUACUUCUCAACCCCCUGGCCAGCCCCAGAGACAGAUACCCCAAACUGUUAUGCUUCCAGGUCCUUCAACCAAAGACUUGUCCCCUGCUCAGCAGCUUCAACAGUUGGCUGCUCAGCGGAUGCUAAAUCAGCAACAAGCACAGAAACAACAACAACAACAGCAGCAACAACAACAACAACAGCAGCAGCAGCAGCAAGCUCAGAAAUUUCAUCAAUCUAAUCACCAGCCUCCAUGGCCUCAAUCUGCUUCUUCUCAAAGUCCACUUGGGGGGCCUUACGGCAUGGAAAAGCCCACCAGUCCAUCUCUCUACCAGCAGGACUUUUCCAACUCCAAACAACUCAUGGUCCCCAACUUGCCAAACAAGAGUUCUCCCAAAGCUGGAGGUGGAAGCUACCUCCAAGGUGGUGGGCUACCCAACAUGUUGGGCCACCCACCCAACAGCUUGACCCAAAACCCUGUUAGCAGCCAGCCCCCCUUAUUGGACUACAAUAACACUAAACCCUUAUCCCAUUACGAGGUGGACCAAAGCCAGAGGGGGACCCCACCUGCGCCGAACAAACAUGCUAUCCUGUCUCUCCAGCCGCAGCAGAGACAUCUCACAGAGGAGCAGAAACGUCUGAUCAAGCAGAAGACAGGGCUUCCGUUCUGUCACGUGCCGCCGCAGGACCAAACUUCUGCACAGGCUGUUCCACACAUCGCAGGCUCUGUUCCCACUGCUGGCAUGGGGGCCCAGCCACCCACCACUGCCAUGGCAGGUAACCAUGGCAACACGGCCUAUCAUGGCAACCAGGCUGCAGUCAUGAAGCAGCAGCAGCAGCAGCAGAUGCAAUUAAUGGAGCAGCAGAAACAGUACUUUAUGGGACAGCGGCAGCUGAUGGCCGAGCAGGAGAAGCAGAGGCAGCAGCAGGAGCAGCAGCUCAAGAGGCACUUGACAAGACCUCCUCCUCAGUACCAGGACCAGCAGAACCCCUUCCAGACGCAGCAGCAGGUCAACCAGUUUCAAGGAUCCAAUCCAGCCUUGGCUAAUGUGGGGAAUUUAGGGGUUCCAAACAAUGGUGCCCAGCGGAUGUUCCCUCAGACUCAGGGAAUGCUGCCUAUGGGUGUUGGACAGACAGGAGGCCCCUCUUCUGCCCCGUCAGCUGCAAGCCAAAAUGAAAUGGGCAUGCCUGCAUGCAGCGGUCUGGACAGUGUUCAACCAGUAAUGUACAAUAACAUGGGCUCUGGUAUGAAUCAGAUGCAUCCUCACUCGGCUCAGCAGAGUUCGGUAAACAAUGCUCAGUUACAAAGGCAGACAGUGGCAAUGGCCCCAAACAGUACUAUUUCUGGGGCCUACAGGCAGGGCCCAAUGGCAGGCUCUGGGUUGGCGGCUCAGCAGCACCACAAGGGACCUGCUAACCCAGGCUUAAUGAAGCAGCAAAUAGCGAGGAUGCCCAAUAGCAUGAGUGCUCAGCCUCAGUCUUGGCCGCACCAGGGAAUGCAGGGCAUGAACAACCAAACCCCAGGCGGUAAUGGCGGACUGGCAGCCUUUAAUAACCCAGGAUUCCACAUGCCGCCGCGACACCCCAAGAUGCCCAAUCAGCAAUUUGCCCAGGCUGGCUUGGGCGGCAGCCGCCCCAUGCCGGCCAUGAACUCAGCUGUCGCCGGUCAGAUGAUGCCCACUUUGCCGCAGCAAAGGACAAAUCAGCCCCCCCCCCAGCAGCCGCAUCCGCAGCCGCCGCCGCCGCCUCCUCCCCAGCAGCCACAGCAGCAGUCCCAGCCUGUUGUCUCCAAUAUGAGCCAACCUGUGCCAGACCUGACCAACUUCGGACAAGCUCAGAAUCCCCAGUUAGCCAAUCGGGCUAGUCUGCACUGUAGUCAAGGCUACCAGGUUAAUCGGACCACCAAUCAGGAGUUGUCCUUCGGUUAUAAUGCGCAGUCAGGCACUUUAUCAAGUUUCCCGGGUGACGGGGACCUGAUGGACACGCUGCUGAAAAGCCGGACUACACAGGAGUGGAUGGACGAUUUGGACGAGCUGUUAGCAAAUCAUCACUGAGCUGGACAGUGUUUCUUUUUCUAAAGAAAAAGAGGCAUAUAGGCAGGACCAAAAGCCUGUGGUAUUAAAUGUGUUCCCGGGACUGGAAAUAAAUUCUGAAUUAUUUACUACUGAUCCUGUGGGUCAGUAUUAAACCACUGAUUCCAUUAACUAUGCAGGGAUGAACAGUCUUUUUUUGUUGUUUUUGAAGUUGCAUCCCAUUUCUACAUUGCUUUAUAAAAAAGAAUUGUUUGAAAUCAAUUGGGGUAUCAUAAGUGGGCUAUCGGAUUAAAAAAAUAUAAACUUCAGGUCAUUAAUUUGAAAGGUGCAUUAUUUGCUGAAAGAGAACUGCCAAUUUUUUUUCUUCCAAUUUAUUCCACAUCCUGCGUGUGGAAGCCAUUGAAAAUUGAAAAGCUGAUCUUACCCUACCCCUCAUGAAUCUGUAUGUAAUAGUUAACAUACUACAUGUCUAAGCUGGGAUCAGGCUGUCACUUAGGAUAGGUAAAUUAUCAGUACCCCUUUUAUGUGACAAAAAAAGGAAAUCGCCGUAAUAGCUGCAUGCAGUAUUAGCUGUUAAUAACAUCUAUGGCCAUCUUUCACUUUAGAGAACCAUGGAUUUAAUAUGAUGUCCAAGAGGCAGAAAGAAGUAAGCUGAUAUCCACUUGUAUAAGACACAGUGAAACUAUAUAGUUAACACCAGGUUUCUGCCUGUUUUGGGUCUGAGCAUGCCAAGCCAAUACAAGCUAAAAAGGGAGGAAACCCACAUAUAGUUAAAAAUAUAUAUAUUUGUAGCAAACAACCCUGUAUAUUGUCAAAUGGUUUGUGCUUGAUUUUGUAACAUAAUUGCAAGAAUAAGUAAUUGAAAUCAACAGAACAGUUCACAGCUUAUAAAAUUAUAACAAAUAUUCACAACAAGUUCAACACUGGAGAUAGGACAGUUGUCUCUGGCAAAUCUAAAUGCACAAUGGAUCAGAAAUAUCGUCAAACCUGAGGAACCUUUAAGUUUCAGUUGCAUGUGAAGUACUAUUUAGUUUUCUGUGCUACGGAAUCAAGUCUAUAAAAACUUGGUUAUGCAAACCUUUGUGAAUAAGAUAAGAAAUGAGAUCACUUUAAUAGUCAUAUACAAUUUCUUGCAUUAGGAAUUUGUCUUUUUUCGCAUACCCCAGCUUACUCUCCAUGAGACACAGGCAC